UAGCUAAUCAUCUGAUGCCAAUGCACAUACAGUGCAAUCAAUUGUACGUAUUAUGCAACAAUAUGAAUUCAAAUCUUCAUCGUUGAUUGAUCGACAAGGCAAUAGUCGAUGGGCUAGGAAUGGAUGCAGCAAUGGAGACCUGCAAUCUACUGAAACUUUUAAAAUGUGUAAUACUUAUAAAGUUGGAGGUUAUGCUGUAGCUGAUAAAGACCGAGAAACGAUCCACAGUAAGCAUCUAUGUGAACUCUGUAAAAACGUACUCAAAGCUACAAUCCAGACUACAUGUGGACAUCGAUACUGCUAUGAAUGUCUAGAACGAACAUUUGUUAACGGAACUACCAACUGUGUUGUUUGUCAAGAGCCACUGACAAGAGAUAAGAUUUUCAGGGAUAAAUUCGCAGAUCGUGAAAUCCAAAAUCUCAUCUUGUKCUGCAUUUAUUGCGCUUUUGGCUGCAAAUGGAGAAGUCAGCUACGUCAUCGUGAGGCACAUCAAAACACCUGCAAGUUUAUUCCUCUAACCUGCGUAAAUCGUGGAUGUGAGAAACAAGUCACAAAGGAGACUCUUCCAAACCAUCUCCAGAAUGARUGUCAAUUUAGAGAGGUCUUGUGUUCCUAUUGUGAGCAACGAGUUACUUUUGCCAAUCUUAAGGAACAUGAACAGCAAUGCCCAUUGUUUCCCGUUAAAUGCCAGGACUGCAGCAAGGAAUUUCCACGUAGAAAGAUGAAAGAACAUCUCAAUCCAGGCUCUGUGGACGUGUGUGAAGCACUUAAAUCUCAAUGUCCUUUUGCGAAAAUUGGAUGCAAAGAAACGAUGCUUAAGAAACAUAAAGAACGUGAAGUCCAUCUCCAGAAAAGCAUCCCGGAACAUCUACUUCUUCUUCUAACUAUGUUCUGCAACUUUCUGCCGUAUUUGGAAGAACUAGUUCCAGCAAAACAAAAUGGAAAAAAGGCAAAACUUCCCCAGAUAUUACAAUCGGUACGUGAUGAAAUCAUAUCUCAUCUGAGUUUACGAAUGGAUGGUCUUUACAAUCCAAUCAACGAAAAAGUCAAACGUCUUGAGACAAAAUGUGAAUCUUUGAGCACUGUUCAGGGUGGACUAAAUGGAUCCACCUCACAAGAACUCUUGCGUCGUCUUGCGGAUUCUGACACUAAAAUUGCAGACUUGGAAUUCUUGUUAAAUGAAGCACACAACACUAUUGCAGAGCUGCGACAAGAACUCACAAAAAACACCCUUAAGAAACAUAAAGAACGUGAAGUCCAUCUCCAGAAAAGCAUCCCGGAACAUCUACUUCUUCUUCUAACUAUGUUCUGCAACUUUCUGCCGUAUUUGGAAGAACUAGUUCCAGCAAAACAAAAUGGAAAAAAGGCAAAACUUCCCCAGAUAUUACAAUCGGUACGUGAUGAAAUCAUAUCUCAUCUGAGUUUACGAAUGGAUGGUCUUUACAAUCCAAUCAACGAAAAAGUCAAACGUCUUGAGACAAAAUGUGAAUCUUUGAGCACYGUUCAGGGUGGRCWAMAUGGAUCCAMCUCACAAGAACUCUUGCGUCGUCUUGCGGAUUCUGACACUAAAAUUGCAGACUUGGAAUUCUUGUUAAAUGAAGCACACAACACUAUUGCAGAGCUGCGACAAGAACUCACAAAAAACACCGUAAAAGCUGAAAAAGCUGAGGAAGCCAUACGGAAGAUGCAACGUCGUUUGGAAGAGCAAGAAAAYGUYGCAGGAAUACGAAAUUUGGCUGUGGCUGAUCUUGAAGAGAAGAUGAACGGUGUUGUUAAUAACAGUACUGAYGGUAUCUUGGUCUGGAADAUCGAUCAGGUGGCAMGAARACGUGCUGAUGCMACAAGUGGACGACAAGUCUCGUUCUACAGCCCGCCAUUCUACACAGACCCUCAUGGRUACAAGAUGUGUGCCCGUAUUUACCUUAAUGGUGAUGGAAUGGGUAAAGGUACCCACAUCAGCUUGUUCUUUGUGAUCAUGCGWGGAGAGUACGACCCUCUGUUAAAAUGGCCGUUUAGACAAAAAGUWACAAUGAUGCUGUUGGAUCAAGACAAUGAAGAACACGUGAUUGAUGCCUUCAGACCAGACCCAAGUAGCAGCUCAUUCCAGAAACCGAGGGGAGCCAUGAAUAUUGCAUCGGGCUGCCCACUGUUUUGUCCGCACAGCGAGUUACAAAGGCACGCCUAUAUAAGGGACGACGUCAUGUUCAUCAAGAUCAUUGUGGAUCGUCCUGACUGGAAAUAAGGUUUCUGAGUAGCACAUGGUAUUGCAUGGUAAAUAGAGUGAAUGGUAGCAAUAGAUAUCAUUUCCACUGCACAUGGAGAAGACACCGAGAUACGGGCAAUACACCACUUAGCGGAGGACAGUGGGGAAAGGCGAGGAAAGAAGGGGAAAGCCGCGGAAAGAGGAGGCAAGGAAGGAUGCAGACAAGUACCGACAGAGGCGGGGGCUCUCAUCAGUAGAAGCCUUAUGUAGCCCUAUCACUUCAUGCCUUUCGCAGAUGCAUACCAACUAUAAUUCCAGCGAUCAUCAUGGGGUAGAUCGUUCCAGAUCAUCAUGGGGUAGAUGGGGUCAAUACAUUCAUAAAUAAAACACUUACAGAUUUUCUGAAUGAUAUCUUAUUAUAAGCAUGUAUUAAGCAUUUUCCUAGAUGUUAUUUUUGCUAACUUUACUAAUAUAUAAUAUUAGUAAUAAUAGUAUAAAAAUAUUCAAGGAUAUCUUAAUUGUAAAAAACGGACGCUGUUCAGAUACAUUCUUUGAUAUGAUGAUCUGGUGAGCCUACCUUUUUAUUAACACAUUUCUAUUGACUAUUUUAAAAAUUGUAUUGCAAGCGGGCUUAGCCUUGAAUAUAUGCAUAGUUUGAUUGUUUAAUCUAUUGUUUUCUACCCUAGUAGCGACGCCAUUAAUUCCUGYCUGAACUGGUAUUUUCAGAAUAAUCUAGUAGUAACUAAAUGUUUGAAUUAGUGCCAGAACCACACCACAAUAAAGCAUAUUUUCUAACUCAA